UCCCCUCAGGCGGAAAAUCUGCUGCAUCAGCUGCAGGAGAGUUUUCAAGCCCUGACCGAAAAGCUGGCGCUGAGGAUGGAAGAAAUGGGUGAGCGCAUUGAUGAUCUUGAGAAGCACGUUGCUGACCUGAUGACAGAGGCUGGGAUAGAGAACACCGAUGAAGACCUGCGAUGUCGAUUUGCAAGCAAUGCCAAACCAGGAGGAGAGGUUAAUAUGCUAGAGGGCAGGAUGGAGAAACGGGCCAACAGGAACCUCAUGAAAUUCAAAGGCGAGUGCCAAACCUUGCCUCUUGGCCAGGGCAAGCUUACGCUGCAGGGCAGCUGCGAGGCUCCAGCUGGCAGGAAAUGA